GCAUUUUUGACAUCGUAAAUAUGGUAUUUUGAAAGUCCGCCACACCUUUGUCAACCAAAGCUCUAACGAAAGUGAAACUUCAGAAAACUUUUUGAAGUGGCGACACAUCGAAUCGGUAGUUAAAAAAGGCACCAGAUUAAUAAACGAUUAUAUGUAUUUGUCUUGCCAUGGAAAACUAUCCUUAUCCUGUUUGUAUGGAAAUACGCAAUUUGGAGGAAAAGCACAAAGAGCGGAUCGCCUGUUAUUUUAGGAUAAAACGAAAAUCAGGAGGCGGAGAAUGCAGCGAACUAAAACCUCUUCAAGGAAAUGUAUACACCAUUUCCUUUAAAGAUGAGCAAGCGCAACAAAGGGUUCUUGAUGCAAAAGAUCACAUCAUCAAUGUUGCAAAUGAAACAAUCAAAAUCACAGUAUGGAAAAGCGAGGAAGUCAAACCCCCUCAGGAAAUGCUUGCAAAGGAAGAUAACUUCGGAAAGUUUAAAGGUUCUGACACUUGCAGUCCUGUCAGUUCCACCAACAGAGAACACACAAUGGUCCAAAAAGUAGACCCUUAUCUUCGUCAAUACCUCCAAGACUGUAAAGAUAUGGCUGAUGAAUUAAGUCAACAACUUUCACAGAUACAAUGCAGUGCACAGUUCUUGGCAGAAAGUGAUAACACAGUAUUGAUUAAAAUGAGCAAUGGGGAAAAGAGUUGCUCUGAAAAUGUCGAAAGAAUAUUUAAAAGUAUGGCAGAGAAAUACAAAUGCCAUUUUGAAAUGGAUCCUAGAAAACGACAGAUUCUUAUGAAAAUGCCGCAUCUUGUAAAAAAGCCUCUCCAAGUCUACAAUGAACCUACCCAGAGAACCACAGUUAUUGUUGGUCCAAAUGCAGACAUCUAUGAACUUUUAACUGUAGUAGAAGGUGUGGCAUCACAAGACAGGCAGGGAGAAUCAAUGAAAAUUCAAUUAAGGGUGUCCAAACCAAAGUACACCCUUCUUCAGGAUUCAUUUGAAAAGGCCAUGGAAGGACAAAUAAAGAUAAGCUUUGAUGGCAAGUCUGCUAUGUACCUUGAAGGAACCCCAGAUGCAGUAAAAAAGGGAGCAUGUAAAUUUCAAGAGCAAUCAAAGAAAAUCCUUGAGGAAACCAUUGAUGUAAAAAGUUUCUUGAAGACUUUCUUGAGAUUGAAAAGCACCCAAGACACUCUGGCUACCUUACUCAGUUCUCAAGGUAUUGCUGUAACCAUGGAUAUUGACCUUGAUGUGACAUUUUUUGGACUUUCUAUGGAAAUGCUGGACAAUGCUAAAAAGAUAUUACUUACAAAGCUAUUGCAAGAAGAAGAAAAUAUACCAGAAAGCUUCAAAACAACUUCCAAACUGGAAAAACUGAAGAUGUUUGUUCAAGAAACAGAAAAUCAAAUAAACACGGUGACUACAACAGUCAAAAUUCAGGAGGUUGCCCAGUGGCAGAGAAUUUGUGUGGCAGGCUUUACAGAAAAUGUCAGAUAUGUAAUUAAAACUCUCAAGGACUAUUUUGAGGAUAAUGCCUUGAGAACACUAGAAGUUUCUUUACAGUUUCCUCAGGUAGCUAGUUGUUUUCAUGACCUUCUAAAUUAUAAAGAUCUGCAGUUUAAUGGUGUUGAAUUGCAAAUUGUUGAAACGAUUCCUCCUAAAGUCAACAUUACAGGACCUCAACAGCUAGCAUCUAGAGUUCAAAGAUCCAUUGAAAAAGCUUUGCGCUCAGUGAUUGUAGAGGUUCUUGUCAUCUCGAAGCCAGGGGCUUACAAGUACUUCAGUGAGUCUGGAAGCACAUACCUUUCAUUGUUCAGCAAAAAUCACAAAUGUGUGAUUGAGCUUAAAGAAAGCACUAGCGUCAAAGAACUGAACUCUAGUGAAACACAAAGGGACUUAUGUGGCUUUGAGCUGGAAACAGGCCUAGUGCUUUCACUCCGACAAGGUGAUAUAACUAAACAAAAAGUAGAUGUUAUUGUAAAUGCAGCUAAUGAGCUGUUAAGUCAUGGUAAAGGUGUAGCUAGUGCCAUUAGCAAAGCUGGAGGCUCUGAAUUUCAAAAGGAAUGCUCUGAACUGGUAAAACGCCAAGGGCAAAUAAAGACUGGCACAGCGGUGCUGACAAAUGCAGGGAAAUUACCUUGUAAAGCGGUCAUUCAUGCUGUUGGUCCAAACUGGAAUGACGAAAAGGAUGUGAACAGAGUGAAACAGUUGCUUGGAUCAGCCAUUAAGGAGGCAUUGGAAAUUGCAGAGAAAAGGGGCUUUCAGACCAUGGCUCUACCCUGUGUGUCCUGCGGAAGAUAUAAAGUGCCAAUAGAAAUUGGUGCAGAAUGUGUUAUUUCAACAGUGAGAAACUUUGCCAUAAUACCCCGUAAGGUGCGUUCAAUAACAGUUGUUGAUAUCAACAGAGAUACACUGGGGAAGUUCCAGGGUGCUUGCCAUAAGCUUCUAGGAAAAGGAGGAGCUGCUUCAAAUCAGAAUUUCAAAGAUGAAAAAGCAUCAGAUGUUCAAAUGUCCACAGAUGACGUUACAAAGUCAAACCUGCAAGUUGAAGUUGUUUUGGGAAGUCUGGAACACCAGAAGGCAGAUGCUUUGGUUGUUCCACUUCCACAUACACUGGAUAUAAAUGCCACCAAAGUUUCCAAGAAUUUAAUUGAACGAGCUGGAAAACAAUUAACAACAAAAUUUGAUGAGUCAACCAAAUCUGCAAAGUUUAGGCCUGGGGAUGUGGUACCAGUACAGGAAGUACCAAACCUUGAAUGCAUCCAAGUCCUUUAUUUAGUGUGCCUCAAAUGGGAUGGAGCUCAAGGGAAGGCUUUAGAGAUUCUUAAAAAAAGCUUCCGAAAUUGCUUGGAACACUGCCAUUUCAAUGCUCUACAAUCAGCUGCCAUACCUGUGAUUGGUCCAGGAAAGAUCCUGGGUUUUCCACAUGAUGUUGCCAUCAAAGCUUUGCUAGAGGAAAUCAGCCAAUUUGAGAAGGCCUCUCCCAGUUGGUUAAAAAAAGUGAAAAUUGUAAUUUAUCCUGAUGAUAAAGUGUCUUCAAAGGAGAUCCAAGAAAGAAAAUGUCAUUUUGAUUUUAAAGACUUCAAGAUGAAUAUGGAGACAGAAGAAACAUCUUUCUUCCAUUCUUUAACAAGCCUUGUUGAUGAAAUCACCAUAAUGAUGGACAGAGUGAAGCUACAACUUGUGUUUGGGGAUAUUUCCCAAGAACGUUCUGAUAUCAUUGUCAAUUCUACAUCUUUUAAUGACCCUCCUUUAGGUGUAUCCAAAGUUUUACUGACAGCAGCUGGAUCAGAAGUGGAACAAGAAUUUGAGAAUGCACGCAAGAAUCCGAAAAACAAUAUGGUGAUAACUAAAGCAGGCAGCUUAAAAUGCAAGAAUAUUGUUCACAUCUGCUGGGAAAAUGAUCUAAGUGUAAUUGAAAAACGAACAAAGGAAGUUAUUGAGCUGUGUGAAACUCUGUUAUUCAGAUCAGUCUCAUUUCCUGCAGUAGGUACUGGGGCAGGUGGUUUAAAUCCUAAUGCAGUGGCCAAAGCAAUGUUGAAAGGUAUUUCCGCUGCAUUGACAAAUCAAAAUGUCAAUACUGUCUCUGUGGUCAGGAUUGUCCUCUUUAAGAAAGAUAUUUUCGAGUCCUUCAAGUCAACUGUGGAGUCAUGCUAUGGAAACACAAAACGUAAUGAAGCUGCAAAAAAGAUGAAACUAAAGGAGAAAAAAAAAUUUAAAACAAAAAAUGACUGCAAACCUUCAAUUGACUUCUUAUCACUCAUCCCAGAUGAAGAUGUGCCACCAACUCUUUUUAAUGUAAUUGGAUGGGACACAAAUUAUGUGAAAGCGGCCAAAGAUAGUCUAGAAUCUGUAUUCAAUUCUGUCUACCAUGAAGAAAGUCUGCAGGAUGACAAUAUCUACAGCCUUAGUGUUCAAGAUAUCCAAACGCUUUUGGAGACUGCAAAAAACAAAAGUGUUCAUGUUUCCGUUGAUCAUCAUGGUAAAAGCAGGCUGUUGCUAAGAGGUCUUCGAGAUGAUGUGAUAUACAUUGUCCAACAAGUUCAGCUACUUGUAAAUGGCUUUUUGAAAAAGGAGCUAGAAAAGAGAAACCAGGAACUGGUCAGAUGUGAUGUGCAAUGGUACUACCAUGAAAAGAACCAAUUCAUACCUUUCACCUUGGAAGCAAACUUCAUCCUAGAGGAAGCAUUCAGCAAUAAGUCUAUACAAGUUAUGGUAACAGAUGAGUCUAUGAGAAUGUUCAAUAUUAACUUGAGGAAAAUGGUUGCAACUACCCUAGAUUCAUCAGAGAAAAUUGAAUUGAAAAGGAUUGAGAACAGUCUGGUUUCAAGUUUCCCCCCAUCAUGGACACCAAUGAGGGACAAUCUCUUUCUGAAAACUUCUCUGGACUCAAAUUCAGCUGAAUUCCAAAAAGUGGAUGAACUUUUUAAAAAAACAGCUGUGAAUAAGACAGCAGUCAAGAUUGAAAGAAUUCAGAAUGUAUUCCUAUGGCAGGCUUACCAGCUCAAAAAGCAACACCUGCUAGAAAAGAAUGGUGACUCGCUGGUAAAUGAGAUGAACCUGUUUCAUGGCACAACUAAGGACUCCUGCAGUGCGAUUGAAAGAAAUGGUUUUAACAGGAGUUUUGCUGGAAAGAAUGGAGUUUAUUAUGGUUAUGGUGUCUACUUUGCCAAGAAUGCAGUAUAUUCUACCAAAUAUGCCACUCCGGACAAGCAGAAUUUAUGUUACAUGUACAUGGCUCGAGUGCUGGUUGGGACCUACACUAAUGGGAAAAAAGGCAUGAAAGUCCCUCCUCCACGUUUUGGGAACAAUAAAAAUGACUUGUUUGAUAGCCUGGUGGAUUCAGAUUCAGAUCCAACAGUAUUUGUUGUAUUUCAUGAUGAUCAGGUUUACCCAGAGUAUCUUGUGACAUAUUACUAAAAAAUACAGCCACUAUUGCUAAAAUACUAAAGUGAAAAAAUUGAGAUCAGAAGUAGACUGAAAUGACUACCAUUGUCAUUAGUGUCCAUCACUUUGGGUAAAUUUUAAUGUAAUCACCAAAAAUCAUUUAUGCUGUGGGCAAUAUAGUAAAGCAUUCCUCUGUAAUUUAACAUUUGUACAAUAGUCUAGUGUCUUCUUAUUAAAGUAAAAAAAAAACAUUUAGAGCAAAAAAGUUGCAUCCUAGUGGUAAUUAAGAGUGAUAACUGUGUUAGCAAAAUGGAAACCCUUUGAUCCUUGUUAUUUUAACUAACUAGCAUGUAAAAAGAUUGUAAGGCUGCUUGAAUUUCCUCUCUUUUCCAUCUUAAUAAAAGGAUGAGUGUCUGUGUGUC